ACGUUUGCUACUUCACUGCUUGAAGGUGUAACUAAAGAAGAGUCUUAUGUUAUUUUAGAAGAGGACCAACUUAUUGCUUUGGACAACAUAGAUUACUCUGAUGCUAGUACUUCUUGUACUUGCAUUACUCCUACUAAGAUUUCUCGUACCAGCACUUCUCGCACCGGCACUUCUCGUGCCAGCACUUCUCGUACCAGUACUUUUCGUACCAGUACUUCUCGUACCAGCACUUUUCAUGCUAGGAUUUCUCGUAAAACAAAUUCAACUAAUUAUAGAAAUGAUUUUCUCCAUGAUAAUAUAGAUCACUCAUCUGAAGAAGAAUCAGAUCAUUUCGUUCAUAAUGCAGACGAAUUUAUUCCUGUUCCCAACGAAGUUGAUAUUUCGUCGAGUAGUGAAACUAAUAGCAAUGUCGAUUAAUUUGAAGAUGAAAUUCGACCCAAGGAUACAUAAAAUACGGAAUACGGUGCAAGAAAACGUUACUGAUUAUACAAAAUUCCGAGGCGAAAAAUCACUGAAGCCUAAGUUUUGGACUCGUAUCUCUAAAUUAAUGCAAGAACAAGGAUAUUUAGUAUCUGGUCGUAAAUGCUCUUCGAAAUGGUCUAGUCUUCUUAGACACUAUAAAAGUAUUAAGGAUCAUAACGCAAUAUCGGAAAAUAACCCUGAAAAAUGGGCUUGUUAUGAAAGUUUAGAUGAAAUACUGAGCGAGAAACCGUAUAUUAAACCAGUCUCAGUGGCUUCAUCGGAUGAUAAUCGUGAAAAAACACCUGAAGCAGAUAUGACUGAAAAGACACCAAAAAAGAGAAAAUCCCAAACGGACGUGGUACUUGAGUAUUUGAAAGAGUCUCGGGCAGAGAGACGGGAAUUGCAAGAGAAGAAAAUUAAGGCGUUAAGUGGUACUGAUAACUUGAUGGAAAGAUAUGUAAGUUUAUGCGAAAAAAAACUAAAAUUAGACAAAGGAAAGUUUAGUGAUUCCUUUUAAUUAA